AAUGGUGGUGCAGGCUCGAAGAGCAGAAUGGCCAACUCCUGCACCUAUUGUCUAACUGAGUUUUCACUCUCAUUGCCCGGAACGAUUGUUGGGCGGAUUGUUUGUUCCUGGCACCGCUGCUCCUGUGGACGGGUUUUGGUGACGGACGCGUCUCCCCGCAGGCUGCAGUUCCCCCCGCACGUGCCGGUUCCUGAUAAUUGUUUGUGUGGGGGCUCCAUGGCUGCUCUGGAUUUAAUCGGGACGAUUGGGGAUGAGGAGGAGGUUCCGGAGGAUGAGGCGGAGGAGACGGGCUCUGAGGGAGAGGAGCCGCCUGUCACCUUACUGAAGAGAAAUAAGUUACGGAAGAAAUGUGUGGACUUCAGUGAUGACUUCCUGUUCACUGAAAAAGAUGGGGAAUACGAUGACAGCUGGACGAUGGCAGAUGUCCUGAAUCAACUGAAAAAGAAUAAGGCACCAACAACCCUGGAUGAAAAGAUAGAAAAAGUGCGAAAGAAAAGAAAAAGAGAGGAGAAAUCUACAAAAGAAGCAAAGGAGUUAAAGACUGACUCUACUGAGUCCAAACCUGAUUUGGAAGAUGAGGAAGAACUGGAUCAGGCAGAGGCCAGUGAAGAUGCUGAGGGAUCUGAUGAAGAGAAUAGUCCAGAAAACGAGGAAGAUGAUGAGUCAAUUUCUGAGUUCUCCUCAGCAGAUGAGGAUAUUUUACAGAAAGCAGACACCCUGAAAUUGAAGGGGAAGAAGAGAAAGAAAAAUGUUCCCGGGGAUGGAUCGGGUGUGUUCUUUGAGGAUGCCCCUCCAUUUGAAGAGAGUUUGACAUUCCAGGAUAUGAAUCUCUCUCGACCGCUGUUAAAGGCAAUUACUGCAGUGGGCUUCAAACAACCAACCCCCAUUCAGAAAGCAUGUAUUCCAUUAGGCCUGCUCGGCAGAGACCUUUGUGCAUGUGCUGCUACGGGAACAGGUAAAACUGCUGCCUUCAUGCUACCAGUCUUAGAACGCUUGAUCUAUAAGCCGCGACAGGCUCCCAUUACUAGGGUGUUGGUUCUAGUGCCAACUCGUGAGCUUGGCAUUCAAGUUCACUCUGUCUCCAGGCAACUGGCGCAGUUCACAUCCAUCUCCCUCUGUCUUGCUGUCGGUGGACUGGAUGUAAAAUCCCAAGAGGUAUCUUUGAGAAUGGGGCCCGAUGUUCUCAUUGCCACUCCUGGUCGGUUAAUUGAUCACCUUCACAACUGUCCAUCCUUUGACCUAAGCAGCAUUGAGGUCCUUAUUCUUGAUGAAGCAGACAGAAUGCUGGAUGAGUACUUUGAGGAACAGAUGAAGGAGAUAAUUCGUCUCUGCUCCCAUCAGCGACAAACGAUGUUGUUUUCUGCCACCAUGACUGAUGAGGUGAAAGACCUAGCAUCCGUAUCACUGAAGAAUCCAGUGCGAAUCUUUGUGAACAGUAACACUGAUGUAGCACCGUUCCUUCGUCAGGAAUUCAUUCGGAUCCGGCCAAACCGUGAGGGUGACAGAGAAGCAGUUAUUUCAGCUCUUCUGACUCGUACAUUUCAGGAUCACGUCAUGCUGUUCACACAGACUAAAAAGCAGGCCCAUCGAAUGCACAUCCUGCUGGGACUGAUGGGGCUGAAGGUUGGUGAGCUGCAUGGGGAUCUCUCUCAAACACAGCGACUGGAGGCCCUUAGGCGCUUUAAAGAUGAGCAGAUCGAUAUUCUUGUGGCUACUGAUGUUGCUGCUAGAGGGCUGGACAUUGAUGGGGUCAAAACGGUAAUAAACUUCACAAUGCCCAAUACUAUUAAGCACUACGUGCACAGAGUAGGCCGUACGGCGCGAGCAGGCCGCAGUGGACGAUCCAUUUCCCUCGCUGGUGAAACGGAAAGGAAAAUGUUGAAAGAGAUUGUGAGGAAAGCCAAAUCUGAAGUGAAGGCUCGGGUCAUCCCACAAGAGGUGGUGUUGAAGUUCAGGGACAAGAUUGAGAAACUGGAAAAGGAAAUCUAUGCUGUGCUGCAGCUAGAAAAGGAGGAGAAGAUGCUUCAGCGAUCGGAGGCUCAGAUUAACACUGCCAAAAACAAGUUACAGAAGGACAGCAACGAGACAAGACCAGAGCGUACCUGGUUUCAAACCAGAGAGGAACGGAAGAAAGAGAAAAUGGCAAAGGCUCUUCAGGAAUUCGACAUUGCCUUAAGAGGCAAAAAGAAGAGAAAGUUGCUCAUGGAAAGUAUUAAGAAGAGAGGAGAGAUGACUGCAGAAGAGAGGACACAGUUUGAAAUCACGAAAUCGCAGAUGUACGCAGAACGUGUUGCUAAGCGAGGCCGUAAGCCAAAGAGAGCGAGAGUGAUGCCUGAGGAUGAACCAAAGUCCACAGCAGAGGGUAAAAAGAACAGAAGAAACAAAUCAAAGAAAUCUGUGUUUGAUGAAGAAUUAACAAACACAAGUCAAAAGGCCCUUAAACAGUACAGAGCUGGGCCAUCCUUUGAGGAUCGAAAGAGGCUGGGGAUAAAGCAACACAAAAAAGGCGGUUCCUUUAAAUCCAAGUCCAGGUACAAGAGGAGAUGAACCAUGACAAUGAAGCUACUAACAAGGUUUUGGAAAAUGCAUUGCGAGAGUGAACAUCUUUCAGAAAUGGGCCAUAUUUAUUAGUGAGUCUGUACCACAUCUGGAAGAAUCGCUAUUUUAAAACCAAAAGCAAUCAUUGCACUUGCCUUUAACCCCUGUUGGAAUUGUGAUUUUUGCACCCUUCACUAAAAUACCAAUAGUGUUUGCUUUGGGUUCAGUACUGUGUGUAGGUUGGACUCGAUGCAUAACUGAGAAACACCAUUUCACAUAAUUAUCACUGUAUUCAAAGCUUGUGCGAAGAUUUUUAGCUUGGGUGCUCGUUGUCGUGGUUCUGUUUGCCAAACUGGGAAUUUGUGUUGCAGAUGUUCCAUCCCCUGUCCUCGUGACAUCCUCAGUGUUUGGGAUCCUCCUGUGAAGCGCUUCAGUAAUCUUUUCUCCGGCAUUUAUACUGGUA